CGACGAUAGUGAUGGCUCGAUGAAUGGAAUCAUCCCCCUCCACCCUAUUGACUCCGUAUCCGGUGACCGAACAGAUUUCCCCGUCGGCGGCAGUCAAUGAGUCAGUUGUCCGUGCUCUUCAAAGGCUCAAAGGUAAUUUCGUUGUGGGUGCGUUGUCGUUGAUCCUCCGGAAAUAUUUUCAAGUUCGAUCGUGAAUUCAAGUGCUGUGCCUCGUUUCUAAAGAUUGUCAUCGAUUUAAAUUAGCCCGUGUUUCUCGCUAUGGAGCAAGUUAUUUUGGAUCAAAUGUACGCUUUCGUGCAAAAGCAGGUUGUGGCAGAUAUGGACGUGCGAAAAUUGAAGGAAAGGCGGAAAACUUUGUCAGCCCUUGCGGAUACUAUCAGAGCCAAGCUCCCGGAUAAUCAUCCCUUGAAACAAGAAUGCACUCGAAGGUUGUCAGAGCACGAAGACCGAGUGCAAAAAGCCACCCAACAGCUGAACGUGCCAGAAUGGUUCCUGAACCGAAAUCGCUCCUUCAGCGUCAGUUUGAAGCAUCAGAACGAGCCGCAAUCAUGCCUGAACAAUAAAAUGUCAACCACCGGCAGACGUCGAGGAUUGCAGAAAGUAGCUCCAAAAGCACGAUGGAGCACGAACGGAUUGUUGGAUGCUCUAGAAGUUCAGCGUUACAAGGAGUUCCCUGAAAUUUUCGAGACGAAACAUCCGGAUAGUAGCUGUAAUUCUAGCACGACAUCUCCUCGCAGCGUUCGCUCCUUGUUCAGCUACAAACAACCUUACCUCGGAUGGCGCUCACAGGAAAUGCUUGACAAACCGAGGACCCCCGCAGAAAGACUUGCAGCAGGUCUUUUGCACAAAAAGGACGUUGGCAGUGACCGCAGCAUCUCGAUCCUGAGCGACUCUACAUUCUCGGUGUGAAGAUGGACCACACGAUGACAACGCUUGAAGUGCAUGCGAUGAACGCGGCUUGAUGCCUAUCUAUUACAUUGAAGGGGUUUUUUGAGGCUAGGUGUUCGGAUAUUCCGUGUUAAGCGAAUCCGGUGGUAUGAAUGUGAGCAGAUCUAUGUUAUUUUUACAAGAAUGAUUGAUGUUCUUUAUUGUUUUGCAUUUUCUUUAUUUUUGACUGUUGAUUUCAUAAAUAGUAGGAUUUAAUAGGGGAAAAUGAGUUUAAUUAUUGAAGUUUACUGAAAGUAGAAAAAAUACCAGUUCAAUUACGAAUAAAAUUAUGUGUUCGUUAAUAAGCAAAAAAUUAAUGGGAACAAUAAAUUCAAUGUAAUGGGUCGGUUGCGCUAAUUUCA